AUGGCGUCGUCUGCCGUGGCCGUCUCUAACGGCGUCCCCACGCCGACGCCGUCCAUGCAGCUCGACUCCAACAAUGCGAAUGCGAUACCUAGAUCCAGUGUCAAUUCCAAUGCCGACGCCGAUCUUGCGCAGUCCAUCAACUUCUCCGCCAAGCGCAAACGCGAGGCUGGCGAUGCUGGCGACAAGCUUCCAAAUGGAGUCAACCUCAAUGGCAACGACACUCCAGCUCCCGCUGCCGCUGCUGCAGCCGCUUCUUCCAACACUACCAAAAUCGACAAGUCCACUGUUCGCGACUAUUACGAGCUUCUCCAGAGGUUCGAUAUCACACCUUCGAUCCUCAAACGCCCACUGUCCGAACCUGACAACCCCGAUGAACACGAGACCAAGCGACAAAAGUCUGACAAUGGUGCCUCGUUACCUUCCAUUGCCGGCAAGGUGGCCAGGGAUGGAUACGAGGAUGCCGAAUCCAUUCUCAUCGACCUCAAGACAUCCAUUACCAACCAGUUGGCCGAGCUGCGCCGUGUUGAGGAGGGGAAGGAUACCAAGGGAAACGAUGCUGCCAUUGCCCAGGUCGUCGAGUUUAAGAGAAAGGCACAUGCACUCUUCCGUCGUGAGAUGACGUAUCCCAACCUGACGCAUGUCCCUGACGCCCUUCGAGCCCUUGAUUCGACCAACGAUCUGCAAUCGAAUGCAAGCGGAAACAUGGUCUUGAGCGUCUAUGGCGAGACCAAAAAGCAGCUAUACUCGAGUCUCCAAAAGCCAGUAGCUGCCGCUGACGGUGCAGACGGCGCCUUUCGACCACUUAGGGAAAUAGGACUACCCAAUGGCGUCAAGACGGCCAAGACGGUGCCCUACUUCUUCCCCUCUGCUGUCGAGAAGGACAAGAAGUCCAAGACGUUGGGCGAGCUCAUGCCCGCUCCGCGCAACCUACCCUCAUUACCCCCGCCCAAGGCACCCAAGAGUACCACCAAGGGCGUCCAGGUUGGAUGGCACCGUCCGGAGUUGACCGAGAAGUCUAAGUACCGAGCUGGUUCAUACUUUAGUCAAAAUAUAUCCACCGGACGUUGGCUUGAUUACAGCAAUGCCGCACCCCCCUCGCAGAUUAUGACGAAGCAGCGCGAACGGGCCCUCAGCCUGGCCGGAAACAAGCCCUCGUCAUCGGACCUAGAGAUGUCUGAGAUGGAAUCUCUCUUCCGCGGCGCAUUCUCUAGCUUUGCCCCGUCCAAGGAUGAUUCGGCCGCGAUGAUUUCUUCAGGUCUGAUUAGCCACACUCUAUGGUGGCAAAAGGCCGGACAGCGUAGCUUUGACCGUUUGGUCGAGGCUGACUUGUCAGAAGGGGUCGCACCUGAGCUCGACAAAGGCGACACUGAGCUUAUCGAGGAGAUUGACGAGACCCUGAUACAAAAGAUGAUAGAUGACUGGGAUGAGAGCAUGGUGGAUCCUAGCCUCGAAGAAGCCUGCUGUCCCAAGAAGUCGGACCAGGAGAAGGACGUGGACGACACUCUCCAGGAUGUCUCUGACAUGAUCCAGACGAUCAUUUCCUACCAGAGGAAUCGCAACCUAACUUUACCCUCCCCAUCGAGUCAGAGUCGUUACGCGGGCGACCCUGCCCACAGCGACAUGCUCACGAAUGGCACUCCAGUGCAGCCUGAUGACGAGGAGACGGAAACGUACAAAACGCUGAAGGCCCAGCUCUGCUUGGUGGUGCAGAUGCUUCCGCCGUACGCCGUAGCUCGUCUCAAUUCGGACAAGCUGGACGAGUUGAACAUCUCUACCAAGUUGGAAAUCCGGACCGAUGAGUAUCAAGGAUUGAUGGAAGAGGAUGAGACCGCUGCCCGCGCCAGGGCCGCCCAAGUUGCAGCGUCAAACCCCCGUCCCGCCUCGCAUAGAUCGACAAGCUCGUCGAACAACAUGCAGUACGGCGGCCAAUCGUACCACACAACCCCGGGUCGCGCGCCGAUGCCAGCGGCCCAGCCUUACUAUGCUCACACGCCUGUUCGCCCCCAACAGACGGCUGUGCAACGACCCCCACAGACAAUGCCGGCGGCCUAUCCGCCAAGGCCUCCGUCCAACACAGGAUACCGGCCUCCGCAUCCUUACCCAAAAACGGGCUACUCUCAGCCAUAUGCCAAGCAGCCAGCACACUCUCCUCAUGCCGGACCGUAUGCAGGCACGCCGACGCAAAGCCGUCCACUAUAUCAGCCGCAAGUGCAGGGCUACCCUAACAUGGGCAAUGCGACGCCGCAGCCACGCUAUCAUCCCUCUUAUGCUCAAGCACCAAACACCCAGCCGGCGGCUCCGUAUCACCAGCCAUAUCAGCCUCAAAGCCAACAGCACAGCACUCCGUCGCACCCCCCCUAUGGUCCGUACACUAAUGGUGCUGGUAAUACCAUGCCUCAGAGGACUGUCUCUCCGCAAGUCCACCACCCACCGCCGCAGCAGCAGCAGCACCCACACGUGCCUCAUCAGGGAUAUCAUCCGACACCGACGCCAACCAGACAGGGAUCGUAUGGUGGUCAGCCUAACAUGAGUAAUGAUCCGUCACGGCGUUAUUACCCCCCUGCGGGUUCGCCUGCGAUGCAGAACAACCACGUUCAUCAUCAACCCCAGCAUCAACCGCAGCCCCAACCGCAGCAGCCAGUUCACCAGCAGCCAGUUCACCAGCAGCCAGUUCACCAGCAGCACCAGCAUAUGCCCCAACACCAACCUCAAAACCCACCUCCGCAUCAAAUGCACCAUCAGCCUCAGCAACCAUCUCAGCCUCAGCCUCAAACCCACAAUCAACACCAGAGUCCGUCCACUUCUGGCCCGUCGUCGUUCCACACCUCUCUCAACCCACUUCAGGUGCAGCAGGCUAUGAACCAGGCCAAGGCCCGAUUCGAUGCGCAGAAGAGCGCCCAGCAAUCCAACGAGGGCCUCAGAAGAAACUCGAUGUCUGGGCAGGGACAGGUCAACCCCUCGGGACAGACCCAUGUCGGUGCUCCGGUCGGACUGGGGGGCAUUGGUCUCGGAGCGGGACAAGCUGGGAUGGCGGCCGCUAGACCCAGCAUGCCUGGCAGCGGCGCCAACUACUCAGCGUCCAGUCCUAGCCCGAACCCCCAACUCAACUCGCCUCGCAUGGCUAAUGGCUCGAUGGCCAUUAAUGGAAGCCCGGCGUUGGCACCUGCUGCUCCAGCCGCGAAUGCCGGUUCUUCAGCUGCCGGUACAGAAGCCUAG